AUGGCGAAUAAAAGCGACGAGUUAGCGACGAAAGAGAUGCCGUUCAGGUGCUACGUGGGGUACGAUUCCCACGAGGACAUCACGUUCGAGGUGGCGAAAUAUUCCAUGGAAAAGCACUCCUCGGUGCCCAUCCAAGUCAUUCCUCUCAAGAGAGAAGAGAUGCGCAAGCAAGGCAUUUACACGAGAACCCAAGAUCCGAAGCAAUCCACCGAGUUUACGUAUUGCCGCUUUUUUGUGCCGUAUUUGCAAAACUACAAAGGAUGGGCGAUGUUUGUGGACGACGAUUUCUUGUGGUUGGGGGAUAUUAAGGAGUUGAUCGAUCAAAUCGACGACAAGUACGCCAUCAUGUGCGUGCAACACGAUUACAAACCGACGGUGGAUGUGAAAUUAGCCGGUAAAGCGCAAGAGGCGUACCCGAGGAAGAACUGGUCGUCGAUGGUUUUGUACAACUGUGGACACCCGGCGAACCAAGGAGUGAAUUUGAGCAUGAUCAACUCCCAACCGGGCUCGUUCUUGCACAGAUUUUCGUGGAUUACGGACGACUCGUUGAUUGGUAAAAUUGAUUACGAGUGGAAUUUCUUGGUCGAGUGGUACAAGCCGUACGAGGGGGAGAGAAAGCCAAAGGCGAUUCAUUACACGGAAGGCGGACCGUGGUUCCCGGAUUACAGAGAGACGGAUUACGCGAAGGAGUGGUUCGAUCACAUGAAGGAGUACGAGGCGACGUUGCCGAAGCCGAGGUUGCUGUGCCCGUUUGAGAGGUUUACGUGUAAAGGAACGAAGUUUCUUGAAGGAUAUGCGAACUCCGACGAUCCAUGGACUUGGGUCGACCACGAAUAA